AAUCAAUUGAACGUAACUUUCGAUGCCUUUACAGAGGGUCUACAAGCUAUUGACAGCAUAGUUGUCUUUUUGUUCAUUAUUAAAUAGGUUCUGAAUAUCCUAAUUAUCUGUUAGAAUUAUUAUAUUCGCAGGUUCUCCUAGCUCAAUGUUUCCAAUGAAAAUCAUCUGUCUGCUUGCGCUCGUCAUGAGCGCCGUGGCAAUCGAGUGUCCAGCUGGCUAUGAGGUCGUUGGCUCUACGUGCAUCCACCACCUGCCUGGUGGGUACCUCACGUACGAUGAUGCCGUCAACUACUGUCACCAGAAUUUCGGCAGGCUGCCCGUGUUGGCCGACUGCGCAUCUUUCACUGAAGUCGCAACUUAUGUCGACGAUGGCGGCUCAACGGACGCCCACAACGGUUACUGGUUGGGGGCCACCAGCCCGGCGCCCAACCACGUCUGGCAGUGGAGCGACGGCACGGCACUCCAAAUGGGCGCUCCUUACUGGGCGGCUAAUACCGGAGAAACGGCAAGAGAGCCCCAGGGCGGGACCAGCCAAAACUGUGCUAGCAUCAUGCCUGAUCGGGGCUGGUCAAUUCAUGAUUUCGCUUGCGACGCAUCGAACUUUUAUCCUCUGUGCUCCAUUACUCCGGUGCAUGGCAUCUGCCCAACUCCUUAUGUUGAGGUGGGAACGCAGUGCGUUCAUAUGAUUCCGUCCGCACAUCACUGGAGCUCGUCACGCAGUCAGUGUGGAUUGACUGGCGGAGAUCUGAUCGUUUUUGAUGACUGCGACCAGUACCGCAAGGUUAACCUCUAUCUCACCGAACAGGGUUACAACCCUGAUGGGUAUUGGAUCGGUGGAUCUGACAGCGCCCUCGAGGGACAGUGGCGCUGGACUAACGGUUCUCCGAUGGUCAUGGGGCUUCCAUACUGGGGAAAUGUGAGGAAUUUAAUUUAUACUCGUGAAGGAUUUCGCAAUAUUUGCAAUCAACUGAAAGACACUGACGUGAACCUCCAAUGUAAUGACGGUAAAACUGCUCUGCACUACGCAGCGAGCACAGGCUUCAAAAGCGUGGUUGCCGUCUUCGUUGAAACGCUGAAGGAAGAUGAGAACUUUCAAGAAAUUUUUACUCGCAAGGAUGAUACGGGCCACUAUUCUAUAGACAAAGCCUUUGACGGCGGACAUGAUAAGCUUUUCCGUAUUCUGCUCCACCGGAUGGAACCUAACAAGAAAGACAAAGAAUUCUCAAUCAAGUUACACGGAUAUUUUAAAAUGUGCCUGGAUGAAAAGAACUGGACAUGGCUGUUGAAUAAAUAUCAAUACGCUCGAUGGUUCCUGUACUCCUACCUGGCUAUCGACAUAGUAACUGCCGUCGUAGUGGCGCUCCUCCUAUCCAUGACCUGGAACUCCCAGCGUCAGCAGGCAGCCUUCAGCGGAGCUACGCGCUCUCAGGUGUCACAAGCGUUCGCUGACACGCGUUCAGCUGACAGUGACAUGCUGGCCGCCGUCAGCUCCGUGAUGCUCAUUGCUGACACUGACGCCAGCUGCAGCUCCUGGGGGAAUGGCUGGAACGCGUCAGACGACAUGGAAG